UUUUGGAAAUGUUUAAAUUGCAUUAACAAAAUAGGAUUUUGGUAUUUAUAAUUAUUCAUUUGGAUCAGAAUUUAAUUGUAUGGUAUAUAUGCAUUUGCAUUUAAUCAUGACUGAGUUCAAUAAUUUGUUCACCUAUGUUUUGAAAAAUAUAGAUUUUUCCUUUAUGCACGUUUUGUUCAGGUUAACCGUAUGUUUAGUUAUUAAAGCCAUGCACUUACACUGAUCAGCCAUAACAUUAAGACCACCUACCUAAUAUUGUAGGUCCCACUCAUCCCACCAAAACAGCUCUGAUCUGUCGAGGCCUGGACUCCACAAGAUCUCUGAAGGUGUCCUGUGAUAUCGGGAACUAAAUUGUUAGCAGCAGAUCCUUCCAAGGUGGGGCCUCCAUGGAACAGACUUGUUUGUCCAGCACAGCUGCUUAAUCAGAUUGAGAUGUGGGGAAUUUGGAGACCAAGUCAACACCUUGAACUCUUUCACGUCCCUCACACUAUUCCUGAACAAUUUUUGCAGUGAGGCAGGGCGCACAAUCCUGCUGAAAGAGGUCACUGCCAUUGGAGAAUACUGCUGCCAUGAAGGGAUGUACUUGGGCCUCAACAAUGUUGUAUGUAGGUGGUACGUGUCAGAGUAGCAUCCACAUGAAUGUCAGGACCCAAGGUUUCCCAACAGAACAUUGCCCAGAGCAUCACGCUGCCUCUGGCUUGCCUUCUUCCCACAAUGCAUCCUGCUGCCAUCGCUUCCCCAAAUCAUGAUCUUGUAAAACCGCCUCCCUCUUAUGCUUUAGGCAACAUCUGAAUACCAGCCUUGCCACCACCCAGCCCCCGUCUCCAGUGGACCAGCGCCACCGAUGAGCUGCCAUACUUGCUAGUAGAAGGACAUGAUAACUUGGUAGAGCAGUUUCCUUACUGGCAUGAGCCUCUCGCCUCGUCAUUUUCCUGAUUUAGUGCGGAGUCGCAUACCUGUGGAAUGUGUAUGAGCCCCUUUGAGCCGUUUUACACUUUCAGUGGUGCAUUUAGGUGUAUGCUGUGUUUUUAAAGCAUUUUUAUAAAUAUUUUUUACUUGUUUUUGUUUCUGGGGAUUGUGGAACCACUGUUUGUUAUCCUUUAACUUGAAAGGGGGCACGGAGGAUACACACUUUCAGGAAACGAGGCCAGCUGAAGCAGUCUUCUCUCUCUGCUGCUCUUAUAAUAUCUCGUCAACACCUUCAGAGAGGGUCUGGGAUGAGGAUGACUCAGAAUGGCAGCCAGAGAACACGGGAAGCUGAGUUGUACCCUCGCCAGGAGGAGGAUUUGGGACAAAUGCAGCCUCUGGCCCAGGUGGGCCCUCGGCUGUGCCCAAUAGAGGCUGUGGAGGAGUGCAGUGUGGGUCAGUCUUGUAGUUACUUUGUGCAAUCAGUGGAUUUGGAGGAAGAAGCUGCCAAGCUGGAGGAAGAGCCCUACCCACAGGAACAAAUAAUUGUGGAGGUGAAUCUCAACAAUCAGACUCUCAGUGUCUGCAAGGGGGACAAGUUGGCUACCCCCACCGAGCCUCCCCCCCAGGGCCAUGUCACCGUGGUAGAGGCGGAUUGGCUGAACUCUGUGGAUGAGGAGCAGCAGAGCAAAAGGAGAUAUCUGAAGAGUUGGACAGCAAAGGACAUAAGGACCUGCAGACCGUGGGAGGUUGAUGUGUCACUUCCCACAAGGGGGAGCCAGAGGGCUAUUAGCGUUACACAUUCCUUCUCAAGGACACUUGGCCAGCAGAAGGCUAGGGAGCAGCCUGAAAGAAUGCAGCUGUCACCCCAAGACCCCCAGAGGGCGCUGUCCACUCACUCCAGCAAGCGCCCCCGCACUUUGAGCACCUCCAGGUCUGAGCAGAAGUAUGGGAGCACCAUGCACCAGCACAUGCAUGUCUGCAACAAAUGCGAUAAGAAGUUUUUGCGGGAUAGCGAUCUGGCCCUGCACCAGCACACAGAUUGUGAGAAGAACAUACAGUGCACGUCAUGCAGCAGGUCUUUCCAGGAGCUCUGGGUCCUGCACAGGCACCUAAUGGCUGUGCACAACCUUCCGGAGAAGAAGUUCACAUGCCAGCUAUGUGACAAGAAGUUCUACACGCUGACGCAUGUUCGCAAACAUAUGGUCGCUCACACAAAAGACAUGCCGUUCACCUGUGAGAUGUGUGGUAAAUCCUUCAAGCGCAGCAUGUCCCUGAAGGUGCAUGCCCUGCUGCACUCUGGGGAGAAGCCCUUUCCCUGUCAGAACUGUGACAAGAGGUUCCAGUACAAAUACCAGCUACGGUCCCACAUGAGUGUUCACGUCGGACACAAGCAGUUCAAGUGCCAUUGCGGCAAGGACUUCAACAUGAAGCAGUACUUCGAUGAGCAUGUGAAGACCCACACAGGAGAAAAGCCUUUUAUCUGUGAUUUCUGCGGGAAGAGUUUCACCAGCCGGCCCAACAUGAAGCGGCACCAGCGGACCCACACGGGCGAGAAGCCGUACCCCUGCCAGGUGUGUGGCCAGCGCUUCCGCUUCUCCAACAUGCUGAAGUCCCACAAGCAGAAGUGCUUCCCGCUAUCUGGUUCUGUCACUGACGUGCUGGCCAGUGGUUGUGAGGCCCCGCCUCCACCAUCCCAUCCUAGUCACUGCCCUACUGGAACUGUCUCUUCCUCCUCGUCCUGGAGCCCCAACCCUCAGCCCAGUGAGUGGGACACUUCCUCACUGGUCAGGCACCCAGUUCUCCCCCACUGUCUCCCCCCCUGCGUCAUCCCCCCUUCCAGUGCCUCCACAAUCUUUAAAACUGAGUCCCCCAAACAACUAGGGUAUGAAGACAUUAUACUGCUUCAUUAGAACACAUCUGCAGGCCAGAAGCACUGCUGACAUCCAACUGGGGGAGGGGGGGUGCACAUCUUUAUGGAGAAAAAUAAAGCCAUAUUCAAAGAUCAUCAUCACUGCCCUGCAGUGGAAUGGCAUCCCAUCCAGGAUGUACUCUGCCUUGAGCCCUGUGGUUCUAUCUGUAAGUUUUAGCCUCCCCGUGAUCCUGACCAGGAUAAGUGGUUUGAGGAUGGAUGGAUGGAUGGAUGGAUGGAUGGAUAAUGUCUGCCAAUAAUAAUGAAUGCACUUCUGUCAGACAGUGUUAAAAGACCUCCUUGAAUUAUCCCGUAUCCACUAUGAUUGUGAACUGCACCAGGUGUGGUGCUUUUCAGACUUUUGUUUCCGGUGGUUGGGGGUUGUAUGUUUUGCAAACUCUCAUCAGACAAUGUGGAACCAUGCUACCUUUGUGCUUCUAAUGGGCAGGUCUCACAGACCUGUUCUGUCAUAAAACCAAGCUUAUCAAAAUCAUGUAUUUAUAUUGUGCUUUGGGAGACUUUCAUUUCAAUGAAGAAUUAUGAUAUAACCUGGUAACUGCUCCUUGUUUCCAUCUGUCCUUUUGGAAUAAAUCCAUAUAAUUUGUUCAGGCAAUUCAUAUCCCCCCAACAAAGAGAAAUCUCAGUCCUUGCCACAAUAACAAUGUUGAUUUCUGUCAUAGGUGUUUCAUUUAGCUUGCAUGAAAGCAGUGUGGGAUAGGGGUUGAAGUGGUCUGUCAGCACUCAUACUUCUUGCUUGUGGGAGUUUUGCUUACACAAAAAUGUUCUGAGGGCAGAAGCGAAAAUGAUUGUUUCAGCGAGAUAAUCAGAUUGUAGAGGAGGUGGGUCCAAGCAACUAGAGGAGGCAGGAUCAAGACAUCUGAUUGGUUGGUCCUCCCUCCUUUAGUUGCUUGGACCCACCUCCUCUACAAUUUGAAUGGUUAUCACUCUGAUCCAAUCAUUAAUCUUUCUGCCCUGAGAACAUUUUUCAGUUCUGAAUAUAAUACAUAAUGUAACCUGUGUCUGUAUGGAUCAUAGCCAGAAGAAGCAUGUUGUCUUGAUCCAAUUUUUACACUAAAAACAAAUCCUAUUCAUGUGGUAUUGAAGGAAAAACAGUAGUGACAAAUGUAAGUCUAAAUAAGGUUGAUCAGACUUAAUUAGUUUGUUUGUGGUUGUACACAAUAAUGAAUCACAAGAAUGCAAUUGUAUGAAUCUGACGCAAAAUCCAGUAAUGACCAGUCACUUACUCCUAGUGGUUAAUUUGUGGAGUCCUCAUGGGAGAUUAGAUUAGAUCUCUGUUUAUUGUAUCAUACCCGGCGCACUUCUGACGUUAAAUGCUGGUUCAUUGUGCAUUAGUUUCUUUGGGCACUGGUUAAUCGUUGCAAUUACACUGUACUUUAAUGUGUUUGAUUCUGUUGUUUAAGUAGGCCCAUUGACUACAGUAGAAUUACUGAGAGUGAGUUGCUUAGCUCUGAACUGGACACUGCACUAUUCUGCCUUCACAGACAUCCUCUUAUGAGUAGCUACAUCUCAAUGUUACUCUUCAGACCACUGUAGCCCUUGAUUGGGGAUCCUUUGAAUCCAUAACCAAGCUCACAAAAACAUGAUUCCAUUCCCAUUCAUGACAUUCUGACCAUUGUCUUUGCAGAACCUUGUUCCUGUUUGUGCUGUAGAUGGGUGACUUAUUUAUGGUUGUGUUUUCAUGUUUGACCUGUUGCAGUGUCCCUUUGUGUCUGGGAAGGAGAGAUAGAGCUGCAUAUCUGUUUACGUCUCUCAGUCAUAGUGAUCUGUCCACUUGAGAACUGUUAGAUGGGUCAGUGGCUCAAAUUUCUCAUUUUCACUUCUGCUUCAGCAUUACUUUUGUAAGAGACCAGUCAGCUUCUGUGGGUAUUUCCGGGUGAAUGAUUCACCAGAUCAUGCAUUUAAACAGUAUUAUGCAUAAAUCAAAAUUCAAAGGCAACGUUUAAAGCUAUUUGAACAUUUGUGUGUGUGUGUGUGUGUGUGUGUGUGUGUGUGUGUGUGUGCGCGCGCGUGAGUGUCCGGAUGUUCCCACAACAUGAUAAAAGCCUGUUAUUUUGACGUUUUGGGGACCAUUUUUCUGGUCCCCAUAAGGAUAACAUCAGUUUUAUAAAAAUUGGUGACUGCAAGCAACUAAACAUGCCAAAAGUCUUGCAUUUUGUUUGGCUACUUAUAUUUAAGGGUAGGGCUGGGUAGGGGUUAAGGUCAUCUUCUUUGAAUUUUGGUGUUUCCCAUAUAAUUGAAUGGAUGGUCCCCACAAAGAUAUGACUAUAGGUCUGUGCGUGUGUGUGUGUGUGUGUGUGGGAGAGAGAGAGAGAGAGAGAGAGAGAGGAAAAAGAAUUCUUUGCACUCACUUCUUUGUAAUGCUGAAAAGUGUAAAAAACUUGCUUCAAAAAAAUAAAUGUAUUGUUAUAUUUAAUGUAUGUAUAAUUUAUACCACUGGAUGUAAGAUGUAAUAUAUUUCGCAUUAUCUAUGCUGGCAUCUUGUACAUAGCGUGAAACUUUUUUUAAUGAUUUAAAAAAAAGUUAAUACAUGUUUAACAGCUAAUGGAAUAAAACCUAGUCAUAGAUCUUCAGCA